CUAAAUCCCUAAUUGUUACAAUAAUUACGGGUGCCGAAGAUCAGUUCCUAGAAUCCUUAACAAGAGGGUUCUUUCAGUGGUAUCAGAGCCUGGUUGCAGGCACUCGUACCGGAACCAUGUCAAGAUUCGAAGAGCUCUCGAUCAGCGAACUCACAAAGAUGUUGAAGUCCAAGCUCGAAGCAGAGUGGAAGAACGAGGUUACCUCGUCCUUGCCGUUGUCCGGGAACAUUGCGCGGGAUGCUCUACCCAAAGCCACAGCCGCCGCGUCGAAGAAGCCGAUGAAGAAAGACCCACAACCAUUAUCGAAGGCCGCACCUGCAGAAUUGGAUUUCAAGGAUUGGUUGGAACAACCUGCGUUUCCAAUCGAGCUUGAGCGAUGGGGAACCACCACCGCGGUGAAGGCCGAGAAAGCUGCUGCGACAGCAGUUGCUUUGCCUGAGACACCACCACCAUCGUUGGUCGUUUCCCCACCAGUCAAGGACGAAGGCUAUGCAAUACUAGCAUCAUCAUCAUCGCCGUUGACCCCGCUGUUAACCCAGGAUUUCGACGCACCAGCCAAGACCGACAUCGUUGCGGCAACGUUUGUCAUGUUGAACGAGGAAAGAAGGAACAGGGCGGCGGGAGGGAAAUUCCCUAGGAAGGAACGGCGCCGGAUCUUUGCAAAGAGCGCCCUUUCCUGGAAAUUCCGAAAGAAAAUGCAAAGGCCGAGAGAUGGCCUUGAUAGUCGCCGUCGGGAAGACUCGCCGGGGUCGAGGAUAUCGCCAGGAGCGUUGCGAUCGGCAGUGACUCUCUUCACGGUGGCGACGGCUAAGAAGAUGGAGCAGGCUUCGGCUGUCAUGGGUCCGGAAUCUCCUCGAUGUCGUCGGGGAAAUGACGAGUUGAUGAGGAAUGGGAUGAGGAAGGUGUCGCCUGCGAAGGAUUUGAAGAAGAGGAAGCAUGACGGCGGAUUCCUCUACUCGCUGAGGAAGGAGAAGAAGGAGGGAAGAGCUUCAAAUUGGCUUGAGCAAUAAUUCUUUCUUCCGAAUUCAUGUGGGCCGAACCAAAAGUGAAGAAAGAGAGGAAUGGGGAAAGCUUGAUUUUAUCUUCACCACCAAACCCAUUGCGAAAUUGAGGGAGCGGUUCCUUGAAGCUUUCGAGGCAGUUUAUGAGAAUGGGCUCAAGGAAGAACCAUUUCCCGAUUCUUAUUUCGUGGAUUUUGAAAAGGAAGAAGAAGAAUUGUUCGUUUAUGGGAAAUGUGACGUGUAUCACGAAAUUCAAGAAGAGUGGAAGAACGUUGGAGUUGAAGAAUUCAUUCGUGAGUUGGAACGCAAUUGGAAACGAAGAAAGCGGAAGGUUAAGGAGGUAGAAGUCAACUAUAACCUUGAGGUCAAGGUUGUUCUCAAGGGGGAUGGAUUGAGAGAAAUACAUUUAUUGGGGUUUC